AUGACACAUCGCCACCUUCUAAGCCACCUCUCUCAGCUCACUACAGAGGAAAACUCUCGCUUAUUGCACUGGCAUUACUCUGAGUACGACGAUCACAACUUCCAAAUCCAUGGACAAACACUCUUCUACCUCUUCAUCCUUUUCUCCAUCAUCCUCCUUGUCACCCUCCUCUUACUCUACGCGCGGUGGUACUUCCGCUUCCGCCACGCUCACCACGCGCACUACCACCAUUCCCAUCCCAACACAUCUCACGCGACACCUCCCACCGCCGUAUUCAACGGCCUAGAUCCGGCGGUGAUCCAAUCCAUGCCGAUAAUCCUUCAUCAACAAUCCUCCGUCGGGAGGGAAGACGAGAUGGAGUGUUGCAUUUGUUUGGGUGUUUUCGAAGACGGCGACAAGGUUAAGGUGUUGCCUAAGUGCGACCACCGUUUCCACUCCGAUUGUGUGGAUCGUUGGCUAUGUACUCAGUCGAGUUGCCCCCUUUGUAGACUCUCUCUCCGAGUCGACCCGCCGGCCGACUCGGUAGUAUUAACAGUUUGA